AUGCCCACCAUCAAAACUGAAGGAGAUACUGGAGCAGAAGAACGCGGCAACGAAGGGCCAAGUGAUUUGCUUACCGUCGCGCCUCCCGCCGCAGCAAAUUCUACUCCUCCUGUAGAUUACGAGAAGUUGAUGGAGCAGUUGAAGGAAAUGAACGAUAAGAUUGAACAGCUUUCUGUACGCGUUGAAAGGGCUGACAGUGAACGACGCUCUGCCGCCACGAAUGAACACAUCCUGUCGCAACUUCAGUGCUUCAUGGCGGAUGGCUGUUUUCUCACCGCAGUUACUGAACAGAUUCGACAGCAAUUAACAACGAUGGUGGUACCAGCUAUAGAACGGAUUUGCGCGCAGCUUUUCAAGCAGCUUAAUGACAAUUUCCGUCAUGGUCUUGACCAGUACCUGCAGCAAAUGCGAGCACUGCAAACAGCUACAUUGGCAGCCGUUGCCGCAACCGCUACACCAGCUCCUUCGCUUUCCGUCGGUGCCGACCGACAGGCUCUUGCUCACAUGAUUAAAAAUAACCAAAUACCCCUUGCGUUCGAAACGGUAAGUAUUCACGAUUCAAAAGGAAGAGAAUUCAGUUUGAGUUCAAGACGUAAAAUAUUCGAUGAAUGCUUUGAACUUUUUUGCUUAAUGGCUGCAUUUUAUUUUGCG